AUGAGUUAGGUUUAGUAAUAAGCAUAAAGCUAAAGCAAUUCUCAAUAGCUCAAUUCAAUUAAAAAAUCCAAGCAAUUAGGCAAUUAUGUUUUAAUUAAAACUUUAGGAGAAGGAGCCUUUGGCAAGGUCAAAUUAGCUACGCAUAUAUUAACGGGUGAAUAUGUUGCAAUCAAGAUUUUAGAAAAAAAGAAAAUCAUAGACGUGACAGAUGUUGAGCGUGUUUAAAGAGAGCUUCACAUUUUGAAGAUGAUUAGGCAUCCUUCCUUGAUAUAGCUUUACGAAAUUAUUGAAACACCUACUCAUAUAUUUUUGGUAAUGGAAUAUUGCAGUAAGGGAGAAGUCUUUGGAUAUAUUCAAUAAAAGCAAAGAUUAGAUGAAGUAGAAGCAUCAAAAUUUUACUAAGAAAUUUUAUAUGGAAUAGAAUAUCUGCAUAAAUUACAGGUAGUCCAUCGUGACUUAAAGCCAGAAAAUCUUCUUUUAGAUAUAAAUCAUAAUAUUAAAAUUGUUGAUUUCGGUCUUUCUAAUAUGUAUAAAAAGAAUGAACUUCUUAAAACUGCUUGUGGUUCUCCCUGCUAUGCUGCUCCUGAAAUGAUUGAAGGAAAAAAAUAUGAAAGUCCUUAGGUUGAUAUCUGGAGUUCAGGUGUAAUUUUGUUUGCUUUACUCUGCGGAUAUCUCCCAUUUGAAGACGAAGACACUAGAAAGCUUUAUGAUAAAAUUCUUAAAGGAAAAUACGGUAUUCCUUCACAUGUUUCUCCUGAUGCAAAAGACUUAAUUGAAAAAAUAUUAACAGUAGAUCCUGAAAAAAGAAUGAAAUUUGAUUAGAUAAAAGCACAUAAAUGGUUUAAUCUUUAUAAAAGAUCUUACACUAUUCCACCAGGUGUGAUAGUCGGAUAUAAUCACAUGCCAAUAGAUUAUGAUAUUGUAAAAGAGCUUGAAUAGCAAGGCAUUGAUAGAGAAGAGUUAAUUAAAAGUUUAGAUGCAAAUAACCACAACAAUAUCACAACUUCGUAUUAUCUUCUUCUUAAAAAGCAUAUGAAAGAAGGAGGAUAAUCAAAAGCAGACAUUAAUUCACCAAUAUUUGAUAUAACAUUGAUAGAGCCAAAGAAAAACAAUGAUUAAAAAUACUCGCAUAACUACUUAAAUAAGCUUAUAAGAGAUGUUAAGAAUACAAGUGAAAAGAAAAAAAUGAUUUAAGAUCAAUCAGGUAUUUUUGAUGAGAAAAUUACAAAUACUGAAAAGAAAGGGAGUGGAUAGCCACUCUUAUAAGGAGCUUAUAUUUCAAAUUCAUAUACUAAUAAAGUCUAUGACAACGAAUCAUAAAAAACAAUCAAAAACAGAAGAGGCAGAUAACAUUUCUAUUCGAAUGCAUCAGAUCUAGCAAUAAAUGAUAACAACACUAGCUUUACCAAUCCAAACAGCACAAUUUCACAUAUACAAAAUUAAUCUUAUCAUCUAUCUCCAAGUAGUAAAAACCAAAGAAACGGAUACCAUUCUGUAGCUCCAGUAAAUUAUAGCUAAAGCUAAAAAGCAAAAUCUUAUUCUUUCCAUUCAAAUAACACCAACAAUCACAUUAUUGGAAACAACAACAAUAAUAAUAACCAAAACUAUAAUAACAGUAAUAACAUUUACAAUAAUAUAUUAUAAAACGAUUACAGUAGCUAAAAUCCCUACUUAUAGUAAAAUCAGCAAUUACAAGCUGCUUUACUCCAUUAAAAUUCAAAUAACUCUUCAUCUUAGCAAAGAAAAGGCAGCUCAUAUAAUUAAUACAGAAUAAACUUAAGAAUUAACAAUUAAAAACCAUAUUAAAAAAAGACAACAAUUUUACCCAUUUAAUAGAAGAAAUGA